AUGUACUUGUAAAACAACGCCUCAGACGAUUGAUCAGAUUUGUGCAUGUGGUACUCCAGUUGAAUAAAUAGAAAAACGGCUAAUACAAAUUAACUAGGUUUAAAGUUUAAGCUGGAUGUGUAGUGAGAUUUUUAAUGUUCAGGAAAAUAUAACGGUUAUUAGCCGUUUAAUUUAGAUUUUUAGCAUAAGUUGGUCGUUUGGGCUGAAUAGUACAUUAACUUGUUCUGUUAGAGAAAUUACUUCUGCAGGCUCCAUUACGUUAUACCUAAAACAUAAUAAUUGUCAAUUCUGUAGAGGCUACUUGAAUUGAGAUAGGUGGAAAGCUUUAACUUGAAAUAAACUGCAACGGUGACACUGGUCACAUUCACGUCAUACCAAUUUUUGAAAACGUUAAAAAAAUCAGUUAAAUAUGAUGGGAUAUACUCUACCGGUGGAGAUUCAGUUAACUUGCAUCCCACUGGUAAUUGCGGCGUAUGUUCUGUAUUUGAACGGCCAGAAAGCAGCAUCGGACAAUGUACAAAAUCGCGAGUUUUUAACCUUUCAAAAAGUCUACUUUCUGCCAUAUUUCAUGGCCCUAUUCUCAGAUUGGUUGCAAGGACCAUAUGUCUACAAACUGUAUAGUUAUUAUGGAUUUCCACAACGUGAAAUUGCAAUCCUCUACGUCGUUGGAUUUGCAGCUAGCGUAACCUUUGGUACUGCAACAGGACCCCUCGCUGAUAAAUUUGGCCGGAAGAAAAUGAGUGUAAUUUUUUGUCUCGUCUACGCAUUCUGUUGUUUGACCAAGCUAUCAUCUAGUUUCAACAUUUUGUUGAUUGGGCGAAUACUCGGGGGCAUUUCAACAUCCAUUUUAUUUUCCGUUUUCGAGUCCUGGUACGUACAUCAACACACAAUUACUUGGAAAUAUCCCAUCGACUGGAUGUCUCUCACCUUCUCCAAAGCGACGUUUUUCAAUGGACUACUUGCAAUAAUUGCUGGAAUCGUUGCUCAGGCUGGCUCAGAUUGGCUGGCGUUCGGUCCUGUCGCCCCUUUCAUGAUCGCUGUUCCAUUUCUAAUCAUUGGAGCCCUUUUAAUAGUCAAGAAUUGGGAAGAAAACUAUGGAGAACGAACAAUGAACUGGGCUGGUUCAUGUUCAGAAGGGCUCAGUACAAUAAUGAAAAACUCAAACAUCCUCUCUCUCGGUUUAGUGCAAUCAUUGUUUGAGUCCAAUAUGUAUAUAUUUGUCUUCCUGUGGACUCCGGUGCUGGAUGAAGGACAUCCGCCCUUGGGCUUAACGUUUUCCAGCUUCAUGCUUGCCAUUAUGAUUGGAUCCUCGAUUUACUCCAUACUGUUGAAUCGGGGUGAAAGGCCGGAACAAAUACUUCAGUACUGUUUAAUUGUUAUGGGAUCUUCGUUCCUUGUCUGUGCAAUUAGCACCAAUCCGGGCUUUCCCUCAGACUAUAUGUAUCUCUCUUAUCUGGCUUUUAUCACGCUCGAGAUAUCCGUUGGACUCUAUUUUCCUUGCAUUGGACGUUUACGAGGGGAAACUAUUCCAGAUAAUUUAAGGGCAAAUAUUAUGAAUUGGUUCCGAGUCCCGAUGAACGUAAUCACAUGUGGAGGCCUCAUUGGAAUGCAUCACUUUGAUCAUCCACAGGCGAGCCAAAUGAUGUUCUUGCUGUGUGGGUUAUCUUCUAUUGUAGGAUAUUUGAUUGCCCGAGCUUUUGCUAAGAUGCCAAAACAAACAACAGGCGAGGAAGACAUCUUGAAAACCGAAAAUAACGUUUAAAAAAAUUCAAAUCAAUCUCCAGAGGAGCUAGAUAAACAUGCAUAUGUAUAUGUAAAUACAAUUAGAUAUUCAAAAUUAUUUAUUAUAAACGUGAUCCAUGUCAUUUAGCUUAUUGUGAACCCACGUGUUCAUAAUAUUUUUAUAUGAAAAAUCAUACGAAACCAAUAUUAGUCAAUAUACAGGCAGGUCCGUACCGUCUCUCUCUCUCUCUCUCUGUUACAUAAUGAUGCUUAUUAUAUAUGUAAUGUGAUCCUAAUGCAUUCCAAACCUUGUUAUAAAUGAAAUAUUAUUUUCAUAUUUAGUAUAUAUCUAUACUCGUAAACGGUGCUUCAGUAAAUUAAACAUAUUAUGCUAAUAAUAAAUAAAUAAAUAUUCGAGUGUGUGCUUAGAAAAGAAUAGAAGGUUUUUUAGCUAUUGUUGGAAUGAUUGUAAUUUAUAUUAUUAGUCGUAUGUAAUAAAUGUGGAGGAAAUUUUAA